AAUGCAGCUGCAACAAAUUGUUAAUUUAUGCACCAAGUUGCAUAUCAAAUAAUUCACACAAAACGACGUCAACGAACUCUGUCCCCCAAAACAAAAAAUAUAUAAAUGUUCAAAGCAACAAAAUUAACAUCAUCAGCAAUAAACACUUAAACAGUGACAGAGACAGAGACAGUGACAGAGACAGAGACAGCGAUACAGAUAGAGAAGGCAAGACUGCAAAAUUUGCACAGCUCGUUAAAAUAAAAUAAAAAAAAUAAAUAAAAAGAUAACCAAAAAUUAAAAGAAAAAGAAAAACUUCUUUUUUAUUCCACAACGCUCACCAUGUCGCAGGAGCUAAUAAAGAGCACAGUGGCCGCUGCAAUGGAGGAGACGUCCAAAGUGGAGGUGAUUGUGUACACCGCCAAGUCGGACAAGACGCUCAAACAGAACAUGAAUGCCAAGGAUGAGACGCUGCGAAAGCGUACCUCAUUAAUAAUAGUGCCACAGCAAGUGGAUGACAUAAUUGAUAACACAGCCAGCACUACUGUGCAGCUGAAUCAGCAGCAGCAACACCAACAGCAACCAAUGGAAGAGAAGCAGCAACAGCAGCAACAGCAACACGUUGAGCAUGGCAAUCGUAAUUCGAUAGCCAGCAUGGAUAGCUGCGUCUCGACAAACACCAGCCAGAGCAAUCAGUCAAGUGGCAGCUCCGGUUCGAGCAGCAGCUCUGAGGAUGCCCAUGCCGCCUAUCAGGAUCUACAGAAUGGCAAUGCCGAUCAUGAUGAUGAUGAUCAUCAUCAUCAUCAUCAUCAUCAUCAUCAUCAUCAUUUGGCUGUCAUGAAUUCGCCCAGCUGCUCGACCACAUCGGAGUCGACAUCCUGCUGCAGCUCCGUCGAUUACUCACUACGCGAACAACUGCAGAACUUUGCCAAUCGCAACGAGGAUCAACUGAAAUGUGUCAAUGACCUGCCAACUGCCGCACAAUUGCUCAAGGGCAUGCCAUGUCUGGCGAUGGAUGAGCCGAUCUGUGGUGCAGCACCACCAUCAAUGCAGCAACCACACUGCGAUGCGCUGCUCAGUCCACAGGAGGCGCCGCUAGGUCGUCGUUAUGCCGAGGUGGCACAGUUCAAAGGUCACGCCAAGGCGAGAACAAGUGAACAGCUGCCGUCUGCUGCUGUUGCUGGCGCUGCCACGCCCCUAACAGAGAAAACCGAGACGGCCGUCUCUGUAGUCAACAACAACAAGAGCAACAAUAACAACAACAACAAUAACAAUAAGAACAGCAGCAGCAGCGGCAGCAAUGCGCAACAGUCACAAAAAUCUCAGCUGCAACCACAAAUAAAUCAACAGCAAUCGAACAAUAACAGCAACAAAUUAAAUGGCCAAUCAAAUCUCAGUACGAAUAUUAACAACAACAACAACAAGAACAUGACGCCCAGCAGCAGUCAGCAAUUGGAUGCGAAAAAUGGCGACAACAGCCGACGCAGCAGCAGCCUGGAACCGGAUGCCGACGAUGUCGUCGAUCUGGCAAAUGGCGGCGCCUUCGAGGACGACAUGGAGGCCCUGCUGCCCAGAUGCACGCGUCGCUCGAGAGAUGAACUCAGUCAGUCCCGCACAUCUCUCGUGUCGAGCUCGGAGGGCGGCAUCCUGGCCGAGGGCGAAACAUCCAGCGAGGAGAGCUCUCGCGAUUCCAGCGACAAUUCGCCGCCCUGUGAUCUGGGAUUGAUGGAGCGACUGCUGCUAACGCAUCCAAUGUGGUUUCUGCCUGGCAUCCAGCGUUCCGGGGCCGUGCAUUUGCUCCAGGGCAAGGAGGAAGGGACCUUCAUUGUACGUGGCUCGAGUCAGCCAAACACAAUGGCUGUUUCAGUGCGCCUGCCACAGGAUACGGGCCCUUAUAUCGAACACUAUCUGAUCCAAUCGCAGGACAACAAAUUGAGCUUGGAAAGUUCACGCUUCAAGUUUGGCUCGAUCCCCGAACUGAUUUCCCACUAUGCCCAGUGCUGUGAUGAGCUGCCCGUGCAGCUGAUGCUGCCACGAGUGCUGCGGGAGGCGAACAAUCGCAAGAAGCUCUCAUCGCUGGCGCUGCUUGGCCAGGAGUUCUGGAGCUAUGCCAGCAGUUCGGCUGUACUGGGACCGCCCAUUGCCAUUGCCAAGACGAUCAGCAAUACGACGGAGCAGCAGCAGCAGCAGCAACUGCUGCUGGAUGCCAAAUCACCAUUAUCACUGACAGAGACCAGCGGAUUGGGCACCGCAACAUUUUUCAGCGACGCUGGCUGCAUGCCCAGCAGCAAGCUGCCAGCUGUGGCGCCACCGCAGCCAACGACAACGUUGUUCAGCCCAACGGGCAGCGGUCAGCUGUUGGGUUUCUUUAGCCCGGCUGGCACACCCUCCGAUACCAAUUCGAGCAUGAGCUCUUUUACAACCAGCGGCGGGCAGCACAUGCAGCUGCUGAGUCCCAAUUCUGUGGACUCUGUCAUUUUAACCAUGUCACCGGUGGAUGCGCAGGGUUAUCUACCGGGCGGCACUGCCUUGGAACAGCAACAGCAGCAGCAGCAACCAUUGCAGCUAACGCAUGGUAGCAACAAUCUGAGCACCUUCAAGACGAACUCAGCGAACAGUACAGAAUUUGAGCAGGUGCGUCCGCAGAGGCCAAAGCCGCCGAACACAUUGAAUCUCAAGCCGCCGGCGCCACCAAUGCGCUGGUCCAAGCCCCAUUCACCGGAUCAGCUGAGCAACAACAAUUUCACAGUGACCACUACAGUCACAUUCUCCAUGGAGAACAACAAUAGCGGCAACAGUGGCAGCAACAGUAACAGUAACAGUAACAGUAACAGUAACGGCAACAGCCAGAGCAACAACAUCAACAAUAAUUCAACUGCCAAACCAAAUCCCGCACAGUUUGUGGAGGUAACAACGCCAGCGUCGAGCAAUCCAUUCAAUGCCCUGCUCAAUUCACAGGCCAGCACCAGCACGUUCCAGACCUUUGCAAAGCGUCUAUCGCCCGAAGGCGAGUGCAAGGAUACGCUCUCAUCGCAAGGCUCCUCCUCCAAUGAUAGCCGCUGGCAAUCUCAGUCGCAAUCGCACUCCCACUCCCACUCGCAGUCCAGCCGCGACUCGAGUCAUAGCCAACGCAAGAUGCCCUCCCCGAUGACGCCGAAUGGCGCUGGUAUUCUGCCAGGGAUAGCAGGCAGCAGCAGCAGUAGCAGCAAGUCACGGAAAUCUCGCAAUCUCGCCAAGGAAUCCAAACACUACCAGGAGUCGGACAUAUUGGAGAGCCCGCCAGCACAGUACUGUGCCAGUGCUCUCAGCGACAAGAUUAGCGACUACGAAGACGUCUGGUCGCCAGAUCCCAGCGAUCGAGCCAGUUUGCUCACCAGCUUCAAGCCGGGCCUCGAUAACCAUGCCGGCGUACUCAAUCGACGACCCGACCUCUUGGCCGAGACACCGAGCACACCCACACAGCAGCUGCUGUCGCCCUGCGUGAAGGAGGAACGUGAGAGGGAGAGGGAGGGCAGUGCCGGUCCAGACAGCAGCCAGCAGCUGAUGCAGUUCUCCGGCGAUGCACCGCCACGGUCUCGAGCUGCCCUCCUAUUGCCGAAUCUGGGAAUUGCUGGCAUCGCACCAAACAUGACGCAGUCGCUCACCGAGCAGAGUGGCAGUGGCAAUGAUGAUGGCGGCGACACAACACCGACAGCCGCACAGACGCCCGGCUCGAGGAGCAAGCAGGGCAGUCCGUUUUAUGCCGAACCAGCGGAUGCACUACGACAGGCUGGCUUGACCAAUGCGGCAGCGGCCAUUCUGCGUCGUCAGCAGCGCAACCAGCUGCUGCCAGCCAAUCAGCGACACUCGGAGCCGCUCAAGGGCGGUCUGGCAACGUCAACGGCACCACUACUCCUGCCCGCUGAUCUGGAAAAGCUCGCCGGCAGCCUGGAUGAGCUAAAGCAUAAACCGAAGCCAAAUCCAACGGCUCAGCCGCAGCAGCCGGCAAAGCGUGGACGCAAUCGUAUCGAUCACUGGCAGUUGGACAGCAGCUGGGAGUUCAUGGCCAAGCAGGAGACAAAUGGUGGGACUGGUGUCGGUGUUGGUGUUGGUGGUGACUAUGACACCGCUGCCGACUGGCAGGAGAAGGAGAACUCGCUGGGCCGCGACAAGGGAGAUGUUGGCAAUAAGAAGCAUUCGCUGACCGUGCACCAAAUCAUUGUCAAACGUCUGCCCGACCUCAAUCUGCCAGAGCUUGUCCGCUGCUCGACGCCGCCUCAAAUGGCAAUGACGACGUCGACGACGACGACGACAACAGCUCCACUGCUGGAGAAAACCAAUGCCGAUGGCAGCCAAAAGUCAUUCCAGAGCCAGAACGGCUGUCGACUCAGCGCCUACGACAACGUGGAACGCAACUGUGCCAACUUCUGUCAGACCUAUUACGGUGGUAUUGAUUCGGCGCAGUCGGACGACGGCACCGUCUUCUCCGAGCCCUGGGACUCGUCACAAUGGGACUCCUUCAUGCCCAUGCAGGAUGAUGCCACCAUUAACUCGGACACCAUACAUCUGUCGAAGUGCCGACCCGCACUCUCGGAGGACGAUACCAUCAUUGAGGAAUUCAGCAGCACCAAAGACGGCAGCAACAGCAGCUGCAACCAGGAUACGCUCAAGGCCAAUAAAAAUGGCACCAGCGCCGGCGCUGGCACCAACAACAACAAGGCAAUACGACCAAAAGUGGCAACCAUAUUACGUAAUCCGAGCAUGCGGGAUCGUGAGAUACUCUGUCAUCCCCGCAACAAGAUCAAUACGCAGAGCAGUGGGCCCGGUGACUCACUGCGUGCUUAUACGCUCCAGCUGGCCCAAGAUCCGAGCUCGACAUUUGCCCGCAACAUUGAGAACUUCAUUAGCUGCACGAAGGAGUCGCGCGAGGCGGCGCCCCAAGUGGUUAUGCGGAAUAUGCGGCAAUUUAUGAGCGGCAUGAAGAACUAUCUGGUUAAGCAUGGCGAGGGCAAGUUCCAUGCCGAGCUGGAGUCGGCACGGGGCCGCCUCAAGUCCGAUGAGUUCCUCAAUCUCGAUGCCAUGCUGGAGACGGUGAUGCAUCAGCUGGUCGUGCUGCCGUUGCGCGAGCAUCUCUACGGCAUAUUCGUGGAUCACUACAAGCGCAGCGAGGACAUCCAGCUGCUUGCCCAAAAUGUGCGCUAUGCGUACGAGCGAGAUGCCACAGAUUUUGGUAUACGCGCCACGGUGACGCCACCAUCGCCGUUGGCGCUGCGUCUCAUUGCCAAUCUGCUGUGGCGGCUGCAGGAGGCGGAGCUGCCGCUUGACAAACUGGAGCUCUUCCUGUGCGUCAUCUCGACGGUGUUCGAUGCGACGGGCUGUCCGCGCGGCCAACAGCUUGGCGCCGAUGAUUUUCUGCCCGUGCUGGUUUAUGUGGUGGCCAAAUGUGGAUUCGUUGGCGCCGAAAUCGAGGCGGAGUUCAUGUGGGGCCUGUUGCAGCCGACUCUGUUAAAUGGCGAGCCUGGCUACUAUCUAACCGCACUCUGCAGUGCCGUGCAUGUGCUCAAGAAUUUCAUGGCAUCCGAGAGUGAAAGCGGCAACGGUUCAUUGGACUGGCGUUCCAGCUGCUUGCCGGCCUGCUCGAGUGUGCUGCGCGUCAUCAUACCGGACGAGUGCAACGGAUCGCUGCAGACGCGCACGCUGCCGGUGCGGCCGCAUACGACGACACGGGAGGUUUGCCGGAUUAUAGCGCAUAAGGCGCGCAUCACCAAUCCGCAGGACUAUGCGCUCUUCAAGCUUGUCGACGGCGAGGAGACGCUGCUUAGCGACGCCGAAUGUCCGCAGGAUGCGCGACUUGCUGCCAAGGGCAAACACUGCAUGUUGGCCUAUAAGCGGAUCGAUGCCAAGAUCGCUUGGCCCACCACUGCGACACAGGCACAGGGCAGUCAUUGAGCGAGUGUUAUGAGUGAAGGAAUAAAUGAGAUGAAUGAAUACCCAGCCACAGCCACAGCCACAGCCACUGACACAGCCAGAGAAACAUCAACAGCCUCAAUCGAUUUCAAAGCCCCCCCAGCCCCUCCCCCCCACUCUCCGCCUCUUAUCUUCCCCGGCUAAUAGGCCGGCUAAUAAGCCGAAAAUCGCCCCCAUCUUGCUCACUAACAAGCAUAUUUAAUUAAUAAUUUAUUAUUAUUACAUUAAAAUAUACUUAGUAGCAUGUAAGUAAAGCUAAUUAACGCUAAAACAUCUAAUGUGUACUAAACAAAACAAAACAAAACAAGAAACAAAAAAACAACAACAGUA